CUUCACCAAGACUUAUGGAUAUGUGUUGGUCACGAAGAGAUCCAAAACACUGAAAGAAGGUGGCUCUAUUCGCCGAGUUUACCUUCAGUGCAGCCGCCGAGAAGUAUAUUGUGAGCGUACCAACGAAGAGACAUAUGUUUGCUGGCGUCUUGAUCGUACAGAUCCGAGGCAUGAUUAUUAUUCAGCAGCUAGAUCAACACUUGCUUCGUUACGCCAUGAAGGGAUAGAAUCUAAGGAGACUCAAAUCAAGUCUUAUUUAGAUUCUUACAUGUCAAUAAACCAAAUCUUAUCAACCCUCUACAAAGAUAACCUAAAAUUGAUUGCCAAGCCAAGAGAUAUCUAUAAUAAGAAAAAGAAGUCGCGAGAUGAUUUCCUUAAUAGCAAGACACCAGUCCAGGCCCUUAUUAGUGUCGUUCUAGAUGAUGGAUUUGGCUUUAUCUCAGAUGAAAAGGAAGGGAGCUACAAGUUCAUCUUGGAAUGCUUGGUUAAGGUCUAUGCUCAAGCAGAUCUCCCAUUGCCAAACUGUAUUUUGACUAAUAAGGAUAUGGCUUUAAUGAAUGCAAUCCCCACAGUUUUUCCAAUGGCGAAUAAUACCAUCUGUCUUUGGCAUAUUGAAAAGAAUAUCCUUACACGUGCCCGUCCUAUCCUUACAAAUGAA